ACCAUAACUUUACUGGUGUCCUGGCAAUCUCAAGUUGACUGACUAGUUUGGUGUGGUGUCUGUUGAUUAACAUUACAUUGCCUGCCGACUAGUUUACGGUAUCAGCAAUAGCAAGUGGCUCACACACGCACAGAUCUGAUCUAUCUGAAGCUGAAAACGCCGACGCCCGACGGUGAUGAUGAAGAUGGGGUCCUCACCUUCACGUUGCUCCUUCUUCCUAUUCCUCCUCCUCCUAGUGGCGCUCUUCCCCUCGUCGCUCUCCGAGAUCCGGUUCUCCGAGAUCCGAAACGACGAUCGCUCCAUCGUUCCCUUCGAUCAGUUUGGAUUCACCCACAAGGGUCGCCUUGAGCUCAGCGUUUCCAAAAUAUCACUCUCCAAUUCCAAUUUGGACCUCUCCAAGGUGGGAUUCUUCCUCUGCACCCUGGAUUCCUGGCUCCAUGUCUUCCAGCAACUGGAGGAUGGCGAGAUUCGGUGCGCCCUUCAAUCCGAUCUGGUCAAGUCCGUCUACACCUUCAAUUCUCUCAACGGCAAGGACUCUUUCAGCACGCUCUACAAAGAAGAAACCGACGCCGAUCAGUACAACCUCGUCUUUGCCAACUGCCACUCGCCGCAACUCAAAGUGACCAUGGACGUUAAAUCUGCCAUGUAUAAUCUCGACGGAAAGAGCGACGUCCGCGACUACCUCUCUGCCGGCAGAACCAUCCUUCCGAGGGUUUAUUUCCUCUUCUCGCUUGUGUAUUUCACCCUCGCAGCUCUCUGGAUCAGCGUCCUCUACAAGAAGCGCUUGACCGCCUUCCGCAUCCAUUACUUCAUGCUUGCCGUGGUUAUCUUGAAAGCCCUGAAUCUCUUGUGCGAGGCCGAGGACAAAUCCUACAUCAAGCGCACCGGAAGCGCCCACGGUUGGGAUAUCAUCUUUUACAUUUUCAGCUUCCUCAAGGGCAUCUCGCUCUUCACUCUCAUUGUCUUGAUUGGCACUGGCUGGUCCUUCCUCAAACCCUUCCUUCAGGAUAAGGAAAAAAAGGUUCUCAUCGUUGUCAUCCCCCUUCAAGUCAUUGCCAACAUUGCUCAGGUCGUUAUUGACGAGAAUGGGCCCUACGGCCAUGACUGGGCUACCUGGAAACAGGUCUUCCUCCUUGUUGACGUCGUCUGUUGCUGCGCUGUGCUUUUCCCCAUUGUCUGGUCCAUCAAGAACCUCCGUGAGGCCGCUAGGACCGACGGCAAGGCCGCUGUUAAUUUGAUGAAGCUUACUCUCUUCAGGCACUACUAUGUCGUCGUUAUCUGUUACAUUUACUUCACCAGGGUUGUCGUUUAUGCCUUGGAGACUAUUACCUCCUAUCGUUAUUCUUGGACCAGUGUGGUUGCUGCUGAGUUGGCCACCCUUGCUUUCUAUUUCUUUACUGGCUACAAGUUCAAGCCAGAGGCUCACAAUCCGUAUUUUGUCAUCGAUGACGAAGAGGAAGAGGCUGCCGCAGAGGCCUUGAAGCUUGAAGAUGAAUUUGAAUUGUAAUUUCUUUCAAAAUACAAAAUUAGUUGUUGAACAAGUUGGUACCAUGCUCAGCAAUGCUCUCAGGUUUCAUCUCAACAGCCAGUAGAAAUUUGCAUGUUACAUUUUAUGGGUAUAGUCAUUAUUCAUAAAUCAUUGUGCUAUAUUUUGUGUUCUGGACUCAUGCCAGUUUUUGCAUUAGUGUUAUAAUAUCCUAAACCCUUGUGUAGUGCUCUGAACAUAUAUUACUUCUAAGUAUAGAUACUGAUACCUUGCAAAUAUUUUUUUGUCAUGAUUACUUUUAUUGUACCUAUCUUCCAAUUUGGAACUUCUUUUCCUGCAAAUUUGCAUUGGAAUUUGUUUGACCAUUGAUAC